CACGUGCUUUAAUAAUUGUCGUUUUACAACACCAAACACAUUCGGUCUAAAUAAACUUGCUGUUCGGUUUUAAUCGAGAGAAAUAAACAUCGCUUUGGUCUAGUACAGAAAAUCUUAAUGUCUGGUUGAACAUCGCAGGAGCUUUAUUUUUACAAUGUCGAUGAAGGAAAAGACAGAGUUUCUUUUCAAAGUAUUAGUCAUCGGAGAUCUAGGGACGGGCAAAACGAGUAUUAUAAAGCGAUAUGUUCAUCAAUUCUUUUCGAUUCAUUAUAGAGCGACGAUUGGUGUUGACUUUGCAUUGAAAGUGCUGAAUUGGAAUGAUGAUACCUUGAUCAGAUUACAGUUGUGGGAUAUUGCAGGGCAGGAAAGAUUUGGAAAUAUGACCAGGGUUUAUUACAAAGAAGCUGUCGGCGCAUUUGUUGUGUUUGACGUCACCCGAGCCACAACGUAUGAGGCUGUUGAGAAGUGGAAAAGCGAUUUAGAUAGCAAAGUGUUUUUGCCAAAUGGUUCACCAAUUCCAGCUGUACUUCUAGCAAACAAAUGUGAUCAAGUUACUGAAGGGUUAUAUAGUAACACAUCUCAAAUGAAUGAGUUCUGCGCUGAAAAAGGUUUUGCUGGUUGGUUUGAGACCUCCGCCAAAGAGAAUAUUGGAAUCGAUGAGGCAGCUUCAUUCUUAGUAAAUAAGAUUUUAGAAAAUGAAUCAACAAAUCAACUUGCUCAAUCAGGAGAACAAUCGGGGAAUAAUGGAAUAAUUAGACCUGGUCUAGGAAAACCAACUUAUGGACAGCGCAGGCCAGAUAACAAUAGCUGUUGCACAUGAAUCUAUUGCAUUCAUCUUAAUUUUUUCUACACAUGAACCUUUAAUUGGUUGUAUUUUAUUGAAGACAUACAUACAAAAUACAUGCUAGCAUGACUUUGGACAUCAAUUUUAUCAUCACACCAUAUGUGUUGUUCCCACUGGAAAAUUUACUGUGACUUGCAAUAUGGCUAUAAGAUGAUUUGGUUAAAAUCACUGGUAUUUCUUAGUAGUUCUGAGUUUAUGAACUAGUUGGCAAAACUUGUCAUUUUAUUGUAACAAUUUUGGUGUAAUAUUACCUAAUUGUUCAGUCACUUGCAAUUGAACGAUGAUAAGUCUAAAUUUUGAAGGGUUUUUAUUUCACAAUCAAAGGUUCUUGUAAAUUUUUUGUCAAAAUGAAGCGACUGGGCUACUGUAUGCAACUUAUUUAUUGUUUUAGCAAUGGGUUUUGAAACUAGCUGAUAAUUGGUACAAGUCGUUAGAGCAUUAAUGGGUUAAUCAGUAUGUGUGUACCAUAGCAUAUGACUGUAUUAAGGUGUUUGAAGCAGGUCUGUACGUGACUAAUGAAUAAUUAAAAUAAAGCUCACAUUGUGAUUGAUAAAACAGGAUGUUUGAAUUCCUG